CCGGUAACGGCGGGGAGGGGAGUCCCGUCCCCGUCCCGCCCCGCGCGGAGCCUGCGCGGAGCCGGCGGGCAGCGGCGGGCCAUGGGCGGGCAGCGCUGAUCGCCAUGCCGCCUCCCGAGCCCAUGCCCGGCUACGGGCAGCUGCUGCGGCGGGGCUACGGCAGCUUGGCGGCGGCCGUGCGGGGCUGCGGGGACUGCGGCUGGGAGCUGUCGCGGCGGACCUGGGCCGAGAACGCGCACCUGGGCUGGGGAGAGGUGCUGCUCUGCGGGCUCUGCGCCCUGGCGUGGACCGCGCUGCGCCGCGCCGCCGCCCGCAGGCUCUUUCGGCCCUUUGGGGAGUGGUGCAACUUGCAGCCCAAAGAUGCUGCCAAGAUGCCUGAGAGUGCCUGGAAGCUGCUUUUCUACACGUUAUCCUGGUCAUAUGGCAUUUACCUGCUCUUCUUCACCGACUACCCCUUCUUCUACGACCCACCGUCCGUCUUUUACGGCUGGAAGAAGGGCAUGGACGUGCCCACGGACAUCGCCAUCGCCUACCUGUUGCAGUGCAGCUUCUACGGGCACUCCAUCUAUGCCACCGCCUACAUGGACACGUGGCGCAAGGACUCCGUUGUCAUGCUCCUCCACCAUGUGGUCACGCUGACCCUCAUAGCCUUCUCCUACGCUUUCAGGUACCACAACGUGGGCAUCCUGGUGCUCUUCCUGCACGACGUCAAUGACGUGCAGCUGGAAUUCACCAAGCUCAACGUCUACUUCAAGCACCGGGGGGGAGUCUAUCAUCGCCUCAACGACAUCAUCUCCAACAUCGGCUGCCUCACCUUCAGCGUCAGCUGGUUCUGGUUCCGUCUCUACUGGUUCCCCCUCAAGGUGCUCUACGCCACUUGCUACUCCAGCCUCCAGUCGGUCCCGAAUAUCCCCUUCUACUUCUUCUUCAAUGCUCUGCUCCUCAUCCUCACUCUGAUGAACAUCUACUGGUUUCUGUACAUCGUCCUGUUUGUGGCCAAGGUGCUGAUGGGGCAGAUGCAGGAGGUGAACGACGUGCGCGAGUACGAUGUGGAGGACAGCAAGAAAACCACAACGGUCAAGAAGAAGGAGGCUGGACUCCAGCUGCCCAAUGCUCUGAAAGAAGGGAUGCACCUGAAGAAUGGACUUGUAAAAGACAAGCGGUUGUAAGGGCGGCGAGGCCGCGGCAGCCUGGGCAGCCUGGCUGGAUCUGGGGACUGACCCGGGACCCUGCGCUCAAACCCAGCAAACGAAAGGCACAAGGAG